AUGAAUAAUAAUAUCAAGAAACGUCGGGCUUACUGCCACGAGGACUCCCCUGCGGAGUCCGUGCUCCAGGACGUCUCACAUCCCUCAUCGGCUGGCUCUGAUCCCCUAUCCCUACCGGGCAACUACCAAUAUAAUCCGGAGCGCGCCCUCUCUGCCAAUGUGAGGAUUGACGUACCCAUCUCCACGCUUGUGGGCCUGAAUCAGCAAGACCUUCAGCAUUAUAUCUUCCAACAAGCCGCCUUGAACCUUGGUUGGCCACUUCCCUUCCUCCUAGAGCUCAGCACUCGGCAACACCAUAUUCACAAGAGACCUCGCCUGAAUACGAGCCUUCAUAUGUCAGCUCCGUACUCGGGCGACGAACCUCUUUCUCACAAUGGCCUGGAAAAGUCUCCCCUUACUUCCCGGCCAGGGCACAAUGGAAGUGUCCUCCCGCCGCGACCGCCGGCCGCCUUGACCGACAACGGUUUUCCUUCGGGAUGGACAGGCACGCGGCUUGCCGACUGCUUUGCUAGCUUUGGAAUGUGCCCGCCUUGCUCUACCUACGAGCCCUCUACUUCAUAUCAACCUCUGCCUACGACUGCGUCGUACGAUUACGACGCCGCCAGGCCAGCUUUUGACGGCGGCAUGUUGCCAAUCCAGUCUCAUGGCCAAGCCUCGUUUAACUCUUCGCCGAUAGCUUCGGACCAGACGGGAAUAUUCGCCUGCGACGAGCCCGCAUUGUUCGCCCUGGCGGGUGGUUACCCGCCGAUGCAGCCUAACCGGGUCAUGGGCACGCAGCCUCAGAUGAGUAGAGAAGAGAUGGUCUACCCGGUCCCGCCUGUGACUGUCAAAUAUGAUAGCAACGUGGACACGCCACGCAAUGGCACAGAUCUUAGAGUUCCCAUCCAGUCUCACCUCAUGAGCCCUUCUGUUAGACCAUCAAAUUCCGUGCCAGGUCCAUACAACGCCGAGCUUGAUUCCCCACCAUUUAGCAGGUACACCAGCUUCGUGGGUCUUCCUCCUCGCUACCACUCAUCUCAAAGCUAUGAAGUCAAAGGCGACCCGGAUGGGUUAGAGCUUCAAGGAAGGUCGGCCACAUUCGAUCUCUUCCCACACCAGAGAACGCUCCCAGCCAGACGAGGACCGUUCACGGACCGUGACAAGCGAGACAAAACGGCACUCACAAGGAAAAUGGGAAGCUGUAUCAGGUGUCGGAUGCAGCGCAUUCGGUGUAACCUUGAUCCCGAGGAUGAGCGAGGCCCAUGUGUGUCAUGCAAGAAAAUCGCCGUCAACAGUAAGGUGUACCGACUGAACUGUCUCCGUUGGAAGAUCACGGACGUGAAGCUCUUUAAGCCCGGUCAGGUCAAGGGCCUUGAAUGGACCAACCGCUGGAAAGACAGCGUGGUCGACGACAUCGAGAACUGGGCAGCUCCAGAGUCGAGAACGAUAUACGUAACCGAAGGAUACACCGGUGAAUCGGUCGCGCUUCAAGUUCGACAGUUUCGACCCCAAGAGGGCGACAAGUUGGACAGGUCCUGGGUGUCGGGUGGCGUCAAGAAGAAGGUGCAGGUUCCGGCUUUUGCUAUUGUCGAUAUGGAUGCUGCCAAAUCUGCCUUUGAUCAAUACAUCAAACGAGGGUUGAUCCAAUGCUGCAGGCAGGUGUUGGACGCCCAGCAGGAGCUGCUCUGGCGCACGUAUUUCCUCGCCAUUGGAACGAUGAGGAACGCCUCGACGAGCGACACGGAGCGAAAGCUGCUCAUGAGCACGCUCGACCUCUGGAUGUCCGUUAGGUUGACCACCAAGUCCUUCGAAAUCGUCGGCAAAGAGACACUGGGCAUGCCUCAGGACCUAAUUGAUGAUCAAGACAAUCCGUUAUAUCAUAAGAUUCCCCUUCCGCCGGUGAUGGGCGCGCAAAUCGAUUCGGUUCUGAUACACCAAAUUCAGCCUCAACUUCGCCGAAGAACGCUCGAAGAACUGCAGAAGAUGACGCAAGACAAGAAGCAAAAGACGUGGCUUACAACAUACCUAGUAACGUUUAUCUUGUUACACAACAUUGCCCUCAUCACGAAACACGACGCGGACUAUGCUAAAAAGCAUGGGAUGGGGAGACGGUUUGCACGAGAGCAGAAUGUCAAGGAGUAUAAUCUAGGGGCGAACACACUUCUCGCUUACUUCCACUACUGCAACAAGGGCAUCUAUCCAUUCUCGGACGACUGCAAGGAUCAAGAUCUCCAUAGCUUGGCGGAGCUUGACGAGAACGCCAUCAGAUUUGUCGGAGAGACAAGGCGGCUGGCAUCUAACCAAAAACAGCAGUGGGAAGACUCGUGGCGUAGGGACGAGUAUGAGAAUGAGUACUUCUACGUGAGCCAGCUCUUUGAGCCAAACUGGCAGCCUCGAACAAUGACCUAG